AUGAGCUCAAAGUUUACUAAUCGCCGAAAACCUCGCAAAAUCGGAGGAGAUGACGAAGAUAGCGAUGGCGGGGAGCAAGACUCCGGUCCCGUUGUCAAGCGACCAUUGAAUUUCAAAACGAAACAGAAGUCGAAGUUGCGUCUCUCUUUCGGCCCCGGCGAGACGUCCAUGACGGACAACAGCGGCGAUGGCGAGAAUGAAAGUGAGGUAGUAAUGCCGAAGAGACAUGGCUUAGGCCGACGGGUUAUGGAGAAGAGCGCCUUUCAGAAGUCAUUGACGCCGUCUGGAGCUGGCAAUCCUCCUUCCUUGAGGGUUGGCCCCGAGCAAGAUCGGCCGAGCUAUAGUCAGGACUAUCUAAAGGAGCUGCGCGAGUCGACCCCUUCGACCCCGAAGGCGCCAAGCACCCAGGAAGAGAAGAAGGCGGAGAAGACGAUCGAUGUGGCUGCGAAGUUUGGAGAAGUGAUGAAGGUAUCAGCGCCAGCGGCCAUCCCCAGUGAAGCGGAGAUCAGGGAGAAGAAAGCCCGGAGAGCACGUCUCGCAAAGGAGCAUGGAAGUCUUUCGACCACGGAAAAGGAUUUUAUUUCUCUUGACGUUGGUGGCGAAGGUGAUGAUGAUGAAUGGGAUCUACAGGGUCGACGGGAGCAAGCUGAGGAUACCAGAUUGGUCCGUGACGACGAAGAUUUCGCUGAAGGAUUUGACGAGUUUGUGGAAGAUGGUCGCAUCUCCCUUGGAAGGAAAGCAGAGCGCGAACAGCAGCGACGGCAACGCGAGGAGAUGCGAGAACUUAUCGAUGACGCCGAGGCACUCUCAGAAGAAGACGAUUCGGAUGUGGAAGAAAAGGCAGCUUACGAAGCUAAACAAAAACAAGCUGCGAUGGGCAACAGUCAUCGGGACAAUAUUGAUCGGCCAAAAACACCACCUAAAGUUACCUCGCUUCCGCGUCUCGCUCACUCCCUUGAGCGACUGCGUAUGAAUCUCGCCGUCCUUGAAAAGUCCAAAGCCCAAAUGGUCGAUCGCAUGGAAGAAUUGCGGAAGGAGAAGGCCGACAUAGCUGUCCGCGAGGUAGAGAUUCAGGUCCUGAUCAAAGAGGCUGGCGAUACCUAUGAAAAGCUCAAGCAGGAAGCUGAAGCAUCGUCGGGUGUCGACGGCAAUCAAUCAGCAGCUGAUGACUUUGCGAAUUCCCGCGGCUUGGAGGGUUUGGGCGCAUCAAUGGCACCUUCGACGGCAACAAAACUUAGAUGUCAGCGAAGUGUGAUACCGUUCAUUGAAUCGCCUAUCGACGAGAAAGAUGGAGAGCCUCCUCACCUCUAUCACCAUUCUGAUGCAACUCCAAUUGAACUGUUCUUUGACCUCUUCUUCGUUGCCAACCUCUCAACCUUCACAGCCACGCAUGAGAUCAAUAAUGUAGAUGCGUUGGGGGCCUAUGUUGGCUUUCUUGGGGUUGUCUGGUUCACCUGGCUCCAAGUGACCUUGUUCGAUAUUCGAUUCGCUCGCGACUCGAUCUUCGAGCGAAUCUGCAAAGCGAUUCAAUUGGCCGUAAUGGUGGAAUUUGCGUCGGCAGGGACUCGAUUUACCACUCAGGUGCAAGACGAGAAUAUCUGGGCAUUCCAAUCAUUGAGCCUGAUACUUGGUGUCAGUCGGCUUCUGCUUUCUAUACAAUACACUGUCGACGCCGUUUUCCUGAGCAAGCGUAUGAGGUCUGCGUCUAAAAGGGUCUAUUUUAUCGCCGCAACCUUGUUUAUGACGGGAUUCAUAUACUUCUGGAUGUACUUUGCCUUCCGCAGCCAAGGUGUGGGCGGCACAUACGCCUGGAUUGUGUGGUUCGUUCUGUUUGCCAUAGAGAUGUGGGUAGUCAUGUGGACGUCUUCCGUGAAAGCAGGGAUCGGUCUUCAGGACACUCAUCUGAAUGUAAGAAUGGGGCUACUGACCCUGAUAAUUAUUGGGGAGGGCGUCAUCGCUAUCACAAGGAUUGUUAACAAGACAGUCGGGCCGGGAGGAUGGACCAAGUGGUCGUUUGCUCAUAUCCUCGGCGUUACGACUAGUGUGUAUUUUCUGUGGCAAGCGUACUUCGAUCUCUCCCCACGGCGUACCAUGGGGAAGUUUUCUCAGCAGAUCUGGGCCCAGCUCCACUUCCCGUUCCAUGUCGUUCUCAUUCUUCUGCUCGAAGGCUCUCAGAUCCUUGCCUUGACCCUGGACAUCACUCUGAAGCUCAAGUACCUAACUGAGACGAUCUUAUGGACCUGCGAAGAGCCAAGACCCAUGGUAGAAGAGGCCAUUCAUCUGCUGCGGACUACCAUUGCCGAUAUGGAGAUCAACUAUAGCCGGGGCGCGAUCAAUGAACAAAUAUCAAUUUCCCGACUGUUGGAUGAUCUGCCCUAUCAGCCACUUUGCCCAUCGGAUGGGCCAGAUGAAUUCUCUGCCACUAGUCACCUACUCAGUAACCUGGUCGGAAAUGUCACAGCGGCUUUGUUCUCCAGCAUGGGUAUCAUGCCCUCCAAGAAUGCAGACAUUGGAUCGAUGGGCAGUGAUCGGUUACUGCGGAUGUACAUGGAGCUCCUUAGCUUUGUCUAUGUCUAUUACUUUGCGGUUGCAAGUCUCGCCAUGUUCUUCUUUGCUGCAUUCGUCUUGUUGACGCGUCGCCAUGCCCGCGGCAUCUGUGCCGCUAUCAGUGUGGCAGUGCGAGUCUGUUUUGGGAUAUUCUUAGCCGGUCUGAUCAGCUUCUCCCGGCACUUUCCGCUCGUUUACUCAUUCAUGACAUCUCCGGCUAUUCUGUAUGCCUUUACUCUUAUUCUUUUGACUGUGCUCUUGGUUGAUCGAUUUCUGGACCGUCAUGGUGCGCGCAUCAAGUCCAAAAUGGGAUGGAAGCAGUCAAUCGAAGCCCUUUGGUAG